UAUACUAGAUUCCAUUACGAUGGAUGUUGAUAUUUGUUUCUGUUAGGUGAAGUGUAUUUGAACGCUAUAUACGAAGAGAGAAUCUACGGCGAAAACUAAUCCGUAUCGUUAUUGUUCGUGUGUCAGAGUUAAUCUCGGAAGGUACGUUUACUGUCUCAAUAUUAGAUCUCAUUACGAUGGAUGAUUACAUCAAUUGUCUGUGUGUUAAAUAGAUUUAGCGUCAUCAACGGACAUAUGAUCGAACGAAGCUCUGUCAUCAGUACGAUUGAUUUAGAAUAGUUCUACGUUAAAGAGGUGAGCAUUUUAUACGUUAGAUACCAUUACGAUGGUGUAUUGUGUAUUAACAACAGCACGUUAUUCUUGUUCGUAGAAUUUGACUCGUUUACGUAAGAAUCUCGGUACGUUUUCCGGCAGAGUAUAUUUAGUUAUCUACUAAUCUCGUUUCUACAUAACUCCCGAUCGUGUCAAUACUGGUUCCAGUUACGACUGAAGAACGGAAUUUACCAUUCAUUUACGACAAGUUUUGCGUUAUUUUUCUCGAUCCUCCGUGUUUAUUACGACGAAAAAUGGCUGAAAGACCAGCUUGUUGUGGCGGUUGCAAAGAGAGCUUGGGAGUCGUCGCUAACGAUGUAUGCUCGCAUUAUUUACAUCAGCGUUGUUUUAAUGAAUACGCACACUGCCAGACUCCUAGUGGAGCUCCUGUAGCUGCUCUCUGUCCCGUGGAAAAUUGCAGAAAACCGAUCGGCAUUGCCUUACCGCUGCCUGGCAACUGUCUUGAUACCGUUCCGAUCAUCGGCGAAAAUAAUCUACUAAAACAACUGAUGCAGGAGAAAGACGUCCGCAUUACUACUCUCGAACACGAAACACGACGGCUAAUUGAACUCUCGAUUACGACGAAAGCGGAACAUGAAACUGCGUUGGCGGCUCUUAAUGAAGAAAUAGACGAUCUAAAACAACAAUUAGCCAACUACAAACACCGUAGCGCAGCUCCAGCGAACCCAGGUCCGAAAAACGAGCCCAAUGAUGAUGACGGUCGCGGCAGUGACGGUGGUUCCUCGCUACGUCCAAAAAAUUCCGGACAUUAUUAUCGAUCUGGUGGAAAUAAUAGCCAAAACCAACGUAAGCGUCCCUAUUACGAUAAUAAUCGCAAAAAUCAAGGCGGUUGUUCAUCGUAUUCGCAGCGUACUGCCGAGAAUAGGACAAAUUCGACAGAGGAGCCGUUCGCAGCGCCAAAAAGGUCAUCGACAUAUGAUCAGAAUUCGGACGUCCGCCCACGAUCGAAACUGGAGGAAACCGCAGCUUUUGAAGACUUUUUCAAACGAAUGGCGUCGAAUGGUCUCUCAAUUCUGAAUCAUCUACCCUCGAGAGUGUCCCAACACUACGGUUGUAAAGAGGUGAUCAAAUAUGUAACCGUCACCGAAUACAAGAAGACCUCCAAAUCAGCACCGCUUCGUAUAUUUUUCAUUAACGGAUACGCAUUCUACGGUGACGGGGCGGCAUUCUCUAUUUUAAAGACGGCGCUGAACAAUGAAGAAAGCUAUUUGGCAUCUUUACAUUCGUCUAUGUUAACCGGCCCGAAUCGUCAAGCAAAUGACAUCGCUGAGUGUCUUAAUUACAUGGGAAAGACGAUGUCACCAUAUGUAGUGUUAUCGUGCAGUUUUUACGAGAUGAGAAACAUAUCCGGUCAAGAGGAAAACUAUAAAAGGAUUCGAAACCUUUUAGCGGUACUCAUCCAAAAUGGAGUGAAAAAAUUAAUACUCAUCCCAACCGUCUUAGGAGAUGACGAGAACCAUUUGCAACGCAGGCGAAAAUUCAGGCAGUUCCUCCAGGGUGAAGCGCGAGAAAUUAAUACUCAAUACCCCGAUGUCGUCGUGAAAUAUCUCAGCUGCCUAGAACCUAUCUUCGACAGAAGCCCUUUCGGUACGGAUGGCAAUGGAAAUCCGUUUAUCGGAUUUAAGACCUCGCUUGAAGCAAUUCUGCAUAUCAUGCCGUUGCUGAAUUCUCGGUAUACUAAUCGCGGAGGAUAAGGCGUAAAUAUUCGU